GCGGUUGCUGUCGCGACGUCCGCCGGUGCCCGGAGCGGGAGAGACGCGCGAGGCCUUCGUCGCGGGCGGCUCCCCCUUGUCGCCGCCGCCGCCAUCAUGCCGUCGUCGCCGCUGCGAGUGGCCGUGGUGUGCUCGAGUAACCAGAACCGAAGCAUGGAGGCGCACAACAUCCUCAGCAAACGAGGAUUCAGUGUCAGAUCAUUUGGAACAGGAACUCAUGUGAAACUCCCAGGACCAGCACCAGACAAGCCGAAUGUUUAUGAUUUCAAAACAACAUAUGAUCAGAUGUACAAUGAUCUUCUUAGGAAAGACAAAGAACUCUAUACACAAAAUGGUAUUUUGCACAUGUUGGACAGAAAUAAAAGAAUCAAGCCCCGGCCAGAAAGAUUCCAGAACUGUAAAGAUUUGUUUGAUCUCAUCCUUACCUGUGAAGAAAGAGUCUAUGACCAGGUAGUAGAAGAUUUAAAUUCCAGAGAGCAAGAGACCUGCCAGCCGGUGCAUGUGAUUAAUGUGGACAUUCAGGACAACCACGAAGAAGCCACUCUUGGAGCCUUUCUCAUUUGUGAGCUCUGUCAGUGUAUACAACACACGGAAGACAUGGAGAACGAGAUAGACGAGCUGUUACAGGAAUUUGAGGAGAAAAGCAGCAGGACUUUCCUCCACACGGUCUGCUUUUACUGAUGCCUGCCCUGUUUUCCCAGGCCUUGGAGUUGAACGAAGCAUGUAUUCUGCCAGAAGGAGGCAGUAUUACCCAAAAUAAAUUGUACAUAUAAAAUAAGAAGAGAGAGAUACAUAAAGGCCAUAUGAAAAAAAAAAAUCAAGUUUUUUUUCCUAUCCCACUUUUCCUUGUUACAAGUGGGAUAUUAAUUAUAAUGAGAAUCUUUUUUCUUUUAAUGGAAAAAAAAAAGGUUUAUAUUGUAUUUUUUCCAGCUUAUUCAUUUCUUUAUAGUUGUGCAUUUUUCUUUACUGUAAUUGGCUGGAGUAUACAAAGACCUGAAUGAAACAGUGGAGUAUCUAUUACUAGGUAUGAACUUGGUGCUGUCCUCUGCCAGUUCAUCACUCCCUUUUUCUGAACCUGGAUCCAGUCAUGUUGCACUAAGGGGAGGUUGUUUGAUGGAAGCCUGGAAUCAGGAUCGGUUCUGAAAAAGGAGAUUUAUUAGUGAGUAGGGCACAGCAGCAGAGCUAUCGCUCUGACUGGCCAGGGACCCAGGCCCUCGGGUUGCCCUCCUCUUCACUCAGAAAUGUUGCUGUUGGACAAAACUGGUCUUGGUGUGCUAGGAAGUUCAGCACAGUCUCUGAGCAAACCUUACUGUGGUUGGUUUUGUUUUGUUUGUAAUUAAAAAAAAAAAAAAGUAACAAGUUCCCAGAAGGGCUCCUUGUUUUGUGACUUAAGAAAAUGUUCCAAGCAGGAAGGAGCCACCUUGGGCCCCCUCGGGUGCCUGUUCCACAAAAGCUUCCUCAGCACCUUGGAGAGCUCCAGGCCCCCCAUCAGUGGAGGGGCCCAGUUGGGCAGCUCUGUUCACUUCAUUCUGGCUGCAGGUCUCUUCACAUUUUUUGUAUAGAACCUAUUUGCUGCUCGGAGCAACAAAGAUGCUCCCCUCGUGCUGGAUGACAGAGUAGGAUAAUUUACUGAAACCACACUGGUCAGGAAGAUGGCCUUGAUUCAAAAGCCCUGGUGCUCUACCCAUUUGGGUCUGGUCCACAGUGGGGUCUGACUCCUCAUUCUUCCCAAGGCUGCAGAAGAGAAUGUGAGGAGCAGUUUACUGAAGAGCCCGUGGAAGGAACGGUGGAGGUGGACGUGUCUUUGGCAUCCACCUCUCAGAGGUCCAAGAUGGGGCCUCGGAAUGCCUUGUCUUCCUUAAAUAACCCUUGCCGGAUCUGUUGAAUAAAGCUCGCCUAUUUCCUGUCUAUAGUGUCAGCCUGUGUUACCUCUUGAGGUAAUAAAUUCCUGACUUAAUAAAUUAAAUAAUAAA